AUGUCGUCGUUCCCGACAGCCUCCGACGCGGCCGCGAUGACCGACGCAGAGAUCGCGCGGCGGCUUCAGCUCGAGAUCAACGCGUCCGCGCGCGCGAGGAAAGCGCCGAGCGCGACGUACGACCCCGCGCCGCUGCACAACUUCGGGGACCAGGAGAGGAAAGCGAGAUCGCUCGCGACGAGGAAAAAAAACGCGAUCGAGGCGAGGAACGAAGCGAGGAAGAAGCUGAGGGCCGAGAAAGCGAAGAAGCGAGCGGCCGCGGCGAAGCGAGCGGCGCGGAAGGACAAAGCGAUAUCCCCGAGCGUCGUUCGCGCGGCGGCGCCGACGAAAAACCAACGCGCGAAGGAGCACGGCGUCGCGUCGUCUCCGCCGAAGAAGUUGCCCACGCCGCCGACGCCGCCGUUCUUCACGCACGUCCGCGAUCCGAUGGCGACGCACUCGUCGCUGAUCCACGCGGACGCGAUGGUUCCCGUGAUGAAAGACGAGCGCGUCAAGGACGAGGACGAAGACGAGGACGAAGACGAGGACGACGAGGACGACGGCGACGACGCGGAGACGGCGACGACGCGCACGCCGGCGACGCCGGCGCAAUCGAGACCGAAAACCGGGUGGCAGCCGGGCGACAGCGGCCGCGCGUCGAAGUCCAAGUCGAAGUCCAAUCCGAAGCCGAAGAAGAAUAAGAAGAAGAAUGCGAAGCUCAACCCCGCGGAGGAGGCCGCCGCCGCGGACGCGGAAGCGCGCCUGCCUCGCUGCGAUCUCGCCCCCCUGGACGGCUACCGGCACGGGCGGCUCGUCUGGGCGCGAAUCGCCGACGCGAAACGCGAAGACGGCGGCGUGUGGUGGCCCGGUCGCGUGUGGAAGCUCUCGAACUGCGCGCGCGCGAAGGAGCUGUGGGCGCGCCGCGGCGCGAGCGCGGUCGCGCCGAGGGCGCUCGUGCGAUGCUUCGGCGACGGGUCGUUCGUGUGGUCCGCCGCGGAGGAUCUCAAGCGGUACGUCGGCGAGGACGCCGCCGAACGCGAGGCGACGAUUGGAACGUUACUCGCCGCCGCGGCGCCGUCGAAGGGCCACCGGAAGAAGAAGGGCGAGAAAGGCGUGAGGAUAUACCUCAGCGUCGCGAGGAAGGCGCUGCAGGAGGUCGCGGAGGCGGAGCUCGAGGCGUUCGAGCCGCCGUGGAGCGACAGCGACGACGGAGACGGCGAGCCCGGGAACGUCGACGCGCCGGUCGGGAACAGCGGACGGUCGGGGUUCGAGAUCUAUCGGCCGCCCGCGCUCGAGGUCGACGUCGUGAACGAAGAGAGUGCGAAGGACGGCCUCACCCCGGACUGGAUCGUCGACGCCGCGUGCCGCGUCUUCUGUUUGAACGUGCCCACGGUCGACGAGCCGAUCAUCCGAGGCUUGCUCGAUCCGUGCACGAAUAACAAGCGGCGGCCCAACAUUCCCGCGGAGAAGACGUUCGAUAAGAAGCAGGACGGGCUGAAGCAAGAGAACGAGUGGAAAGGGUACCACGUCGUCUUGAACCCGUCGUACGAGUCGCAAGUGCAGUGGCGGUUCAUCAACCGCGCGAUAAACGAGGUGGAGUGGGGGUUCUGCCCCGGGAUUCUGCUCGUGUGUCGGAACUCCACGGACACGAGCUACUUCCAGCGGCUGCAUCCGUUCCCGCGGAUAUUCCUUCGAAGGGACGCGAUCCGGUUCAAGGACUACGACAACACCCCGAUCGGGUUCGGGAUCGCGGUGUUCUGCAUGGUCGCCCCCACGGUCACGAAGAGCGAAAAGUUGGAGACGUACCGGAGGUUCUACGACGAGUUCUCUCACGCCGGCGAGCUCAACGUGCCGUUCGACCGAACGUUCCUGGAGCACCCCGCGUUCGAGGACCUCACGGACCGCCUCCACGAGGACGCGGCGAAGAAAUACCGCGACUCAUGGGUCGCGUGCGACGUGUGCGAUCGAUGGCGCGAGCUCCCGUACGGGCAGUCCCUCAUCGACGCGCAGGCGAAGGACAAGUGGUCGUGCGCGGAGGUGUACGCGUCGGGGUGCGACGCGCCGCUGACGAACCGCGAGUUCAAGGCGUUCAGCGUCGCGAGGAAAGGGCAGGCGGUGGCGCUGAAGGCGGACAAGCACGGGACGGACAUCUUGCCCGGCGCGGGCGAGGCGCGGCGGAUCGCCGAGCGAGCGCACGACGAGCGUGCGCACGAGGAGGGCGACGAAGAGGAGGAGGAGGAGGAGGAGGAGGAGGAAGAGGAAGACGCCGUGCUCGCGCUCCCGUGCCCGCCCGGAAGCGAAGACGACGACGGCGGCGCGCGCCGAGACGGCGGCGACUGCGGAGACGAUGACGCGAUGGAUCAGUGGCUGGACGAAGUCAAGCUCCGCGGCGGGCGCAAGCGCUACGGGUUCGCGGAGGCGCCGAUACCGUGGAAGAAGCACAGGCCCGGCGGGGACGCGUCUUCGGCGGUUGUUAAAAAAACGCUGCGAAGGGCCCGGGAACGACGCGCGAAGGACGCCGCGAGCGGAGGCGUCGCCGGCGCGACUCCCGAACUUCUGAUGCACCCGGAGUGGAUGGGGAAACAGUCCGCGCUCUCCGAGGCCGGGUCGCUCUCCGAGUUUGAGAAGAGCCGACUCGAACGCAUUCGCGUGAAUCACGACAUGCUCAGAAAGUUGAUUUACACGAAGGAAGACGUCGCCGACGCGGCGUUGACGAAAGCCGCGGAGGCGUCCGCGGCAGAGGCCGCCGCGCGGAGGGUGUUCAGAGUCGCGGAGGACAAGAACAAGCGGGCGUUGCACGACGCCGAGACGGCGACCGCGAGGUCGAGAAAAGCGAACGCCGCCGCCGCCGUCGCGGCGGCUGAAGCCGCCGCCGCGGACACCGCCUCGGCGGCGACCGCGGCGGAGUUGCAAGCCGCGGCCGAGGUCGUGAUUCGCUUGAGCGCGAAAGCCGCGGAGGCGGACGCGGCGUGCACGGCCGCGGAGGCGGCGGCCGCGGAAGAGAGAGGAGAGGAGAAGGAGGAGGACGGUGCUUAG